AUGUCGCUCGAAGAAUGCCAAACCCAGCUCAUUGAGCAUUCAAUGUUGGUUGGGGCCUUGAAGUUCGGCUCAUUUACACUGAAAUCUGUACUUGUCUGGAUUAGGGUUUCGCCAUACUUCUUCAACGCCGGUCUGCUCGCAGAUGGACCUGUUCUUGACACGCUGUGCUCGGCGUACGCUGCUACCAUCGCCGCCUCGCUGAAGGCCUCGCCCGGCUUGCCGCAAUUUGACGUCCUCUUCGGGCCCGCGUACAAGGGGAUCCCCUUUGCUGCCUGCACUGCGCUGCUCCUGCACCGCGACCACGGGAUCGACGUGGGCUUUGCUUACGAUCGGAAGGAGGCGAAGGACCACGGCGAAGGUGGCAUCACGGUCGGCGCGCCGAUCAAGGGCAAGCGCGUGCUCGUUCUAGACGACGUCGCGACCGCAGGUACGGCCAUCCGCGGAGCAAUCGACACGGUGAAGAAGGAGGGCGGCGAGGUCGUUGGCGCCGUGCUGCUGUUGGACCGGCAGGAGGUGGGCAGGGAGGGAAAGAGCAUGAUCGAGGAGGUGGAGAGCGUGCUGGGCGGAAAGGGCAGCGUGCCAACGAUCUUGCAGAUGAAGCAUUUGAUGGCGUGGCUGCAGAGCCAUGGGAAGACAGACGAGCUCGCGAGCAUGGAGGAGUAUUGGGACAAAUACGGCGCAAAGGGCGAAUCACAGUAA